ACUACUCACGCACUUAAAUUUCUAGUGUCAUACGCCACGUGGACCGUGUCCUCCUUUGACGCGCUGUCGAGCGGCAGCUUUCGCAAAUAUUACCACUGUAUUCCCAGCUUGUCCUAUUCUCCAGUCUCUGGGAAGACAACCAUCUAUUGUUCUGCACAAUAUACAUGGCAUCUGCGCACAUAAAAGCCCUUCUCGGUGGUCCAAGCACUGCAGACUCUCAUAGACAGGCUCUGGACUUUCUCAAUUCACAUUACAAGAGUUAUCACGAUUUGGAACAAGCUAAUGACUUUGACGACAUAUUGGAAGAUUCACGGAAAUACAAUGCUGAACUUCACACCAAGUUCAUUUCAUCUCAACAACACGUAGAUGGCUUAAUUGCCCAAACGCGUGAAUCGGCCCAGCAGCAUCUGCACACAGCGCAAGAGCUCUCUCUGCUUCGACAUUCAUUGACGGAUGAACUCUCAUACCUAUCUGAACAACUGGUAUCCACACUGUCUGAUCCGGACAGUAAGCCCACGCUAUUGGAGGAGAUUGAGACCACGCAUCGAAGUCUGAAGGAACUCGAGAGUGUCAAGAGCUAUGUGAAAGUCAUUGAGCAUGCGCUUCACCUGAGUGAAUUAGCUGUAAAGCGAGCAAGCAAUUCUUCAUCGCCGCUCCAAGCUAUACCCGAUUACGAGAAAGUACAAAAAUUUGUCGCUUCUGUUGGGGAUGCCAGUAAAGAUGUCGAAGACGGUUCAGGUCAGCAGAAGUUGCAUCUUCUCACUUUCCUUGAAGACAUCAGAGAGAAGACUUGGCGUGACAUCAAGAGCGUUCUCAAAUCCACACUGUUGAACGUGGCUGAGAAACUGCAGUGGCCGAACGCAAUUGACUACAGAGCCGCCUCUGUCGAAGACAGGAAGGCGUUCGAGUCCGCAUUUUCGGAUUUGACCAAGUUUCAGACCAUCGGCGAGAAAUUACAUCCCCUCAACAAACCUAAGGACGAGAAGGACGGUUUAUAUCCCAUUCAGGCACUCAUCCAACCUAUUGCAUUGCGUUUCAAAUACCACUUUGAAAGCAACAGGCAAACAAACAGGCUCGAUAAGCCCGAGUGGUACUUCACUCAUAUCCUGAAUGUCGCUCAUGAACACCGGACGUUCAUGGAAAACAUUGUGCAGCAACUUCUUACAUCGACGCGAUACAAGCAUAUUAAUGCUUGGCGCGAAUUUACGCUGCUUCUCCUCCCUAUGCUCUCCCGCAAAUUACGACGAACCGUUCCUUCGCUGAUUGCCCAUCCGCCAGUUCUUGCACAUACUAUCUAUCAGGCACUUUCCUUCGACAGUGCACUGAAAGAGGAAGGAUUUGAGCUUAGGGGGACUUCAGCUGCGUUCGCUAGUGAGAAUGAUGCACCACCGUGGGAAGGAAUCAGUGAAGUGAUAUUGGGGAAGAAGGAAUGGUUUGAAGCAUGGAUGGAGGGCGAGAGACAAUUCGCGAUGGAUCAGUACAUGGAGAUCAUCAGUAGUCCGGAUGCAUGGCUCACGGCGGAUGACGAUGUUGAAGAGGAAGACGACGGUAGAGUCCAUCCUCAAUUAAAAGCCACUAAUUCUGCGCGAAGAGUGAAGGCUCUUGUUGAGCAAGUCACAGAUCGCUACUCUCCACUACCUCAGUUCUCGCAUCGCACCCGCUUCCUCAUCGCCGUCCAAUUACCCCUACUUGAAUCAUACCACGCACGGAUAUCAUCAUCUCUCGACGCCUUUGAAACGCUCUCUUCGUCAUUCAUGCGCGCAGUCCCAGGCGCGCUAGGGGAAGCAGCCGGUCGUUCCAAUGAUCCAAGACGAUUGACUAGUGGUAUCGAAGGUAUACAGCGACUAUGCAAGGCCCUCAUAAGUGCCAAGUACCUGAGCGCCGCGAUGGAAGCAUGGGGAGAAGAUGUGUUCUUCCUUGAGCUUUGGGCGGAGAUCAACCACAAAGCCUCUUUACGCUCACGAGCAGAAGCAGCAGCAUCAUUACCUGACCCAAAGUCAGCUGAUGCAGAAGUUCCGGAGGGAACUAUCUUCGAGGAGUUGGUCGUCCAAUACAACCAGUUGGUAGUUCGUGCCGAGGAGCUGAUCGUACAAUCCAUCUGUAAUGAGGUAGAAUCUGGCUUGAAGGCCCAUUUCAAUAGCGGUGAUUCAUCACAAUUCACGCCUGUGCCAAGCUCCGGCUCGGUUGUCAGUGAUGAUCUCGCGUUAUCAAGCACUCUUCUGGGUCCUGUCGCGCUUCUCUCGGCGCAUCUAACCUUCCUUCAAUCCGCACUUCCACAAACCACCGUCAUCUCGCUGUAUCGAACGGUCGCGUCUCGCCUAGCCACCCAUAUACUCCAUCGCCAGAUUCUCUAUCGCGGUCGUUCUCGCAUCACCCCGCAACAAGGUAAAGUCAUCAUGGCCGAAUGUGAACUAUGGGCAGAGACGUCCCGACUGGCAUUGGCUAAGACGGUAGCAGGCCGAACUGAGGCAUCUUGGAGAGGAUUGUUAGAAGCUGGAAGGAUUGUUGGUGCGGAUGGUGAGACGUGGAGGAAGCUCGUCGAUUCGACGUUUGGUACACUUGGAGACGAAGAGUGGGAGAAGGUCUUAUCGGAGCUUGUAGGCUUUUCAGAGUUGAGCAGGGAGGACGUCGGACAAGUCAUUCAAGCAAGAGUUGAUUCUGAACGGUAAAACAUAUGUAUGCUGAGACUGGGUUGUAUCUCGCCGCAUUCUGAUCGCACUGUGAAAUCAUAUGUGUAUGAUUCUACAGAGACACGAGUAUGCAGAUAACCAAAGCAUGACAACGAAGAUAAACA